AUGGUUGUUGCCGGACAGUUUGGGCAGCAUGGGGUAGUCAAAUGUUUUCAGUGUGGGAGGCCUCACUACAAGUCAUCAUGCCCUCAGUUGGUAGGAGGGAAAUAUUGCACUCGCUGUAGAAGAAACGGUCACCUGGAGAACGAGUGUAAUAUGGGAGGACGAGCGGCAAUGAGGCCGCCAAAUGCUGGAAGAGUUCAACAAGGUCGGGGUGGACGAGCGCAGGCGGUUGGGCGAGUGUACGCAAUCACGGGCGCUGAGGCAGCCAGCUCAGGUACACUCAUCAUCAGCACUUGCUUAUUGUUUGGAAAGCCUUGCUGUGUAUUGUAUGAUUCGGGGGCGACCCACUCCUUCAUCUCGAAGGCGUGCGUUGAAAAACUGGGAUUGACAGAGAGUGAGAUGCAGUUCGACUUGGUGGUGUCAACCCCAGCGGCUGGUGAG